AUGUCUAUCGAAACACUCCCAAAGUUAAUCAAGUCCUACCUCGACAAAGAAGACCCCUCAAACGCCGUUGAUGAAAUCCUACGUCUAACUGAAUACCUGAUCCUGUCCAACCAUCUCACCGAGGCCCAUCUGAUUGCCUCGGCCGUGUACAGACUGGUAACAGAUUUCAAUUUCACCGACAGGAGCGACGGUGAUGACAUCGGGGUAUACACUCGUAUCACUCUAGAGAUCUUUUGGACUGUGAACCAAUCGACUUUCCCCCGACCCAAGAGGGCACUGGCUCCCGGUGGGAAGAACUCUGAAACCUGGGUAUCCAACCAGCAAUGGGGUAAAUACCGAGAAUGUACCCGUACGGGAUGGAUGUUGGAGCACGUUGGGCUCGCCGAGCCAGAGAAUCCCUCUAUCUGGCGCGAGACGGACGACCCAGCCAUGCUGGCGAUGUGUGUGCGACUGCUCGCGAAAACAACCACCCCGUGUACUUACCCGCCGGACAAUUUAGCACGGGAAGCACUCAAGGCAGCGCAAAAGUUCUAUUCAACACCGGAUAUACCAGCGGAAGUGUGUGGCCGGGGCCCCGACAAGCCAAAAAGACAGUCGUAUUUACUGUAUCGGCGGUUGGUUGUCGAGCUCGCGAUUCGCUUGGGCGAAAUGCAAACAGCAGCAGAUAUCCUUGGCCAAGGGCUAAGGCAGGAUUCAUUUCCUAAUGGGGGCUCGUUGGAGGAAUUUUUGAUGGUGCCUGGUAUCUAUGAUGUCUUGCCUCUCUUAGCUCGUGGUGGGAAGGAAAGCAAUCCUUUCUUCAUUCCCAAGGAGGACGCAGUGGUGAUGGUGAGGGAGAUAACCGCUGCGUUGGAGCUACGGGCUGAGCAUGGGAGACAGUGGGAACUGCAUCCAUCUAAGGUUGGAUGGAGGGAGUUGUUAAAUCGACUUGCUGAGGGGACAUGGAAAGCCCACCCCAAAGAGUGUCAGGAGAUGGAAAUAACGCAUCCCAUGGAUCUCCUGUACGAGCCUGCCACGGAGGAGGAGAUCGCGGCAGCAGAGGAAAAAGUUGGUCAACUACCCGCUGAUUUAAAAGAUAUGGUUCGAGUGGCAAACGGAUUCCUGGGCGGCUGGCACUUCUUCGCAGGUGGUAUGUCGGGCAUUCAAUCGAUCAGAAUAGAUGAAGGUGAGAAUGCAGACCCUGGCUAUAUGCAUUUCGAGGAGGAGAUGGGAGAAUUUGAGUACGAGAUGAUCCAACUUGAGGCCAGCACCGUAUGCGAUGGAUACAGUCAUUUCAUUAUUCCUCCUAGGUGUUGGAAGGAGGGUAGGAAGCAGGAGGGGGUAGAAGUCAAGGACGGCGAGUAUCGGUAUUGGUAUCACGCAUCUUGGAGCGGAGUCACUCACUGGAACUCCGUGAGGGACUUUGUUUGUCACUGCGUGGAGGAGGUCGAGGAGAUGAUUGAGAAGGGCGUAGAGGAGGAUUUCGAACCAAGCUCGGAUUUUUAA